AUUUGUCCACUACGCAGUAACCUCGCUUUGACACUUGUAUCCUCCUGCUGGGGGUAUCCCGACUGGCUCUCUGGUCAAGCUAGGCAGAGAGGGCAGGCAGAGUGGGUGGGCCGGCAGGCAGACUCCCCAUUCCCCGAGAAUAGGGCUGAGCUCCGCGGGAGAUGGUUCUGAGCAGGCCGCUCACUGGUUGAGAUAGGGCUACCCUUGUCGGGGAAGGAAGGGAGGGUUUAAGCUUGUCCUGUUGCUGAAUGUCCGGUCAGGUGGACGAAGAGAGAGUUUUGAACCUCGCUCAGAGAUGGCCCAAAACGAGCGUAUUCCUACUGUCCUCCUCCGCAUCUAUCGUGGCCGAGAUAGCAACCUUUCCUCUUGAUGUCACAAAAACUCGACUCCAGAUGCAAGGAGAAGCUGCAUUUUCCCGUUUUUUAAGAGUUGCUACCCCUUAUCGAGGCAUGUUAGAUACAACCUUUGGCAUCAUACGGGAGGAAGGCUUUCUAAAGCUUUGGCAAGGAAUAAUACCUGCAGUAUAUAGACAGAUAGUGUAUACUGGGUUCAGAAUGGUCGUCUAUGAAUAUUACCGUGACGGUAUUUUAGAAAAAUCAGAAUACAGAAGAUUUUCCCUUUUGCAAACAGCCAUAGGAGGAAUGCUGUCUGGUGCAUUUGCUCAGUUUCUUUCUAACCCUGCUGAUCUAGUGAAGGUUCAGUUGCAGAUGGAAGGAAAGAGGAAACUUCAAGGAAAGGCUUUACGGAGAAGGGCACAAAAGAGCUAUUAUAUAGUGCCAAGAAACACAAGGUCAAGGAGACCAACCAAUCCCAAUGGGGUUGAUGAAAAUCUGUGCCAAGGAGCACAUGGUCAAAAAGGACCAAACCAAUCCAGAUAUCGUGGUGUACAUCAUGCCUUUCUAAAAAUCUUGAAAGAGGGAGGAAUAGUUGGCCUUUGGGUAGGCUGGGUGCCAAAUGUCCAGAGAGCUGCCUUGGUGAACAUGGGAGAUAUAGCCACUUAUGAGUCAGUGAAGCGCUUCUUAAAAUCAAACACAUCACUUGAAGACGGUAUUCUGAUUCACAUCACGGGAAGUACAUGUUCUGGACUUGUAACAUCUAUUUUGGGAACACCAGCCGAUGUCAUCAAAAGCCGACUGAUGAAUCAACCAACAGAUAAAAAUGGAAAAGGGCUGCUGUAUAAAUCUUCAGUGGACUGCUUGAUUCAGUCUGUACAAGGUGAAGGAUUUCUAAGUCUGUAUAAAGGCUUUCUACCAUCUUGGCUGCGAAUGGUUCCUUGGUCAUUAGUAUUCUGGCUUACUUAUGAAAAAAUCAGAUAUAUGAGUGGAGUCAAUCCAUUUUAAGACUUUUAAAAACAUAUACAUUCAACAUCAUUAAAAUUUGGCAUUCACAGAGCAUCCCGCCUACUAUUUCUACCUCUUCAGGAAGACACUAUUUCAUCAAGAAUGUGCUUUGUUGGGUGGCAGCCCUAAAUUUAUAUUCUCAAGAUCCAAGUCUUCUUGGCUCCUUCUCUUGCUCCAGGAAAGGCUGUCUGUAUAUCCAAAUAUUUUCUAAUUAGAUCCAACAUAGCAUUUUCUAAAGAGGAAUCUGAUCCUGGAUCCUGACCACUCUACAGCCUGGGAUCUAGACUCUGGGACCCUCAGUGGGAUGCUACAAGACAACUUCAAGGAGUCCCAGUGAUGAAGCAGCUGCUCAGGCCUGAAAUACAAGCUAUGGACAGGAAAAAAAAAUAUAUAUAUAUGCCUCACCUGAAAUAUACAUAGUCAGGGAAGUCAGUCUUCUUAGCAAUUAAAAUUGAAAAUGCACUUUAAAAAUGAGAUGAAUAAAAAAGAUAAUGUAUAAAGAUGUCAGGUUUCUUAAAUGUAGGCUGGAGUUGAUGAAUCUCUUCCUUCUAGAAGAAAGAUAAGGAGGAAAACUGAGUCUACUAUUACUUCAACAUCAAAUAGACCUGCCUCGAUUAGUCACUACUCCUUGAGAAAAGUUGAUGAACUGUGGUACCUGGAGAAAUAGCAAACACAGACAAUCAGUCUUGGGGAAAAAACAAAUGAAGGACCACCCAGGCACAUGUCCUAUUUAAAUCUUUAACUAUUCUAUAGCUCCAAGACAUUUUAUUCUUUAUGGGUAAUUACUGAAAUUUUACAUGUUAAUUAAAGCUUAUCUGUGUAAGUUCUUUUUUCCUCUGUCUGUUCUGAUCAACCUUUAAAGAUAUUUUACAAACAGACACAGCUGUUAGAAGUAAGUCAGAGUCAGCAUUCUUCUUCUAUAGAUAGACUUCUAUUCAGAAACGCCCUGAAAGAUUACUAAAAAAUUAGCUGUCACUCUAGCUGGGGUCUCGUAAUUUGGCCAAGUCUUUUAAUCUUAUAAAAUCAUAUAGUGUAUAAACUAGCCUUCGUAGACAGCUAACAACCCACACUGGUAUAUUGUCUUUUUCAGUAGUUUUGUGCUGACCUGUGUAAUGAAUUCUCUUACCCAUUUGCCCAUUAAGCAUUUAUGUCUUAACCAUGGAACAAAACCAGACCCAACAUCAGAUAUGUCUCAACCCUGGUUUUGUUAUAAUAUUUCUGUAAACACCUGAGCUAACUAGUCAUGAUGAUGAGGAGCUUGUAUGAGACUGACCAUGUUUAGGAAUAUAGGAAUAGUUAAACACUGAAAGACUUACCAGUAUUGUAAUGUUAGCCUUUAUAUUCAAUAAACACUGAAAGACUUACCAGUAUUGUAAUGUUAGCCUUUAUAUUCAAUCAGUGCCUUUUUACAGAAGUCCUACCCUAUUGUCUUUGGUCUUCAAAUAUAUGCUUUGGGAUUUACUAGUAAUAACAGUCAAAACUAUUCUCACUAACUUAGUUGGUUACUUUUCUUUCUUCAGACUUUUACGUGAUAUGUUAAAUUAAUUAAAUUUUACAAAGCUUUUGUCCUAAUUGAGUUCAAACUAGGUUAAAGCAUUUAACUAAUGUGAAUAUAAAUUACAAAGUGUCUGAGCUUGAAUAUUUGGAACAUUUAAACUCUUUAUGAUUUGUGAUGUUUUAAGUCAAAACCACAAAAGUUUUGCUGGACUAAUCCCAGGCAUAAUGAAUGAGGACCAAAAAAAUUUAGUCAACCUUAUUCUUUGGUAAUUAUUAAGCACUAAUAGUGAUGUGUAGUGCCCAUCUCUAACAUAUAGAUGAUUUGUAGGAAAUCAAAAUGACCAGACUUUUUGUCUUACCCAUAGUCAUAUAGGCAUAACCAAUUUCUGGCUCCUUUUUCCCUCAACAACCUCAUAUUUUUACUACCAUGUUAUAUAAUAACAAGUAUUCUACAUAUCCAUCACCCUUUAUUUUUUUAAAUGCAUUCUAAUUUUUUCCCAAUUUAGUAAAGAACCUUCUCUUAAAUACAGUCAUUUUUAAUAUAUAUUUACUUAAUUUGACCCUAUAGUCAAAAAAUGAAUUAGAUUUCUUGAAUCUAACAUAUUGAUGAGAAUGUUUUCACCUUCCUCAAGCAUUUGAUAUACUUACGUUCUGUCUAGUUAAUUAUAAGCCCGUUUAGGGUAGGAACUGGAGCUCUGUUGUGUUUUUUUUUUUAAUGCUUCUAUUUUACCCUCAUCAUACCUUCCAAACAGCUCUGCACUUGGAAGUGUUCAGCAGAUAUUAUUGGCUAAUUAGUUAAAGCUCAUUUUUUUGGUGUUCACUGAUUUAGGACUUUGUGACAAUUCUGUCGGGCUGGACUAAAAUUUAUAGCAGCCAAAUUGUUUAGAAACUGUGAAGAAUGGGGAUAGCUCAACAAAUCCAAAAUCCCGCAAAGGGAAUGUUUAAACUACUGAAAAAAAAAUCAGAACUUUUCAAACACUUUCAAGAUGUAUCCAUUUAUAAUUGAGAGACAAAUUGCCCGCCAUUAACAUGUAUCCAUCUUCCUCCAGGAAUUCUUUUAGAACAAAUUACCUUGUCACUUUAUGGAUCUGAGAUUAAAAAAAAAAUCUUGAAAAACAUGUCAUAAUUCAAAUUCUUCACAAAUUCAGGGAGUUUCUUGCCAUUGUUUGGCCUAAACUUAUAAGAUCUUAAAUAAAUGGUAAAAAGCUGAAUUUUCAAUCCCAUUAUGCUUCCUUAGGAAGCCUUGAUUUGUUACAACUGAAAGGCACUUGAUAAUGAUACAAUUAUUAGAAUUUGGAGGGAUUUUUUUUCUUUUUUUCCUUUCCUAGGACUUAAGGUUUAUUUGUUAUCAUAAGGAAAGUAAUCAGCUAACAAAGAUAUAGUAAUUUUUUUUUUCCAAAUGCAGGUCAAAUAUUUCCAUUGGGUAAGAUGCCUUAUGUGCACAAUUACAAUGCUGAAUAUUUUCCUUCUUGUGUUCAUUUCAUUUUCUUUCUUUAAAUAUAUGGCUUUUAUGAUGUUAAUCAUGCUGUUGUCCCCAGUGUGUCAUUUUAACAGAGCAUAAAGUUUAACAAUUAAAUAGCCAUGAAAGUCA